AUGAAAAAUACCAACACAAAGGACGUUAGCAAUAAUUCCAACUCUGCGCCCCGAACUCAUGUUGAUUGGCUCGUAGACCGGAAGGGGAAUUAUGCAUCUCUUUUCCCAGACUUUGUAAACAAAUUUAACCUUACUGAGAGUUCCUCGGCCGAAGCCGCAUUCGACAACUUAAUUCGGUCUAAGAAGAGAGCAGUGAGCAAUACAGCGCAAAGAGUUGUUCGGAAUGCUGAGGGUUUACUACAGAAACAAUUGGACACGGACAGUGCAAUCAUUGAGGCCCCUACUGAAACAUUAGCGUCUCCAUUACUUGCAACUCCGGAAAAUCAGCAUAUCGAUGAAGAUCAAGAAACUGCCGUCUUUCCACAGAGGAGUCAGGAAUCAAAUAAGAAGUUGCGAUUUGACUUGGAUAAAUCAAGGUUUACGGCUCCGGGUAAUCCGUUUGAGGACGAGAGCAGCAGUAGUGAAAGCUUUAUACCAACAACUUUAGAAGACUCCACAGGAGAUUACUCAGUUGUUGUUGAUCGUCCCCAAUGGAUUGUACGUGUUGUUGGGCCAGGCCAAGAGUCAUCAUCUCUUAUGCUUGAUCACUGGCGUUUUGGCGAUCAAAAUGUUUCACGGAAGUUGAUGCAAAACCGAGCAUCGUUAGUAAAAAAUCAUGAGGAUUUACAGACGGUGCAUGAGAUUUUGCAAUUAAAUUUUAUCUUUACGCGGGAUGUGAUACUCGACAUCACGGAAGCUAAAGAACUCGCCCCAACCACCUGCUGCCAACCCAUCCGCUCAUCGUCCAUAGCUCUCGCUAUGUCAGAGCUAGCUUUCACGGCAGCUAAUGAUGGAUACCUCGCGACGAUAAGCGAAUGGAGAAAGAUCCGAGAGUCGAUAGAAGUAGAGAGCGAGCAUGAAGAACAAUGGGAGGUACUUCAAAAGAUGUUGGACCACAUGUGCAUUACAGCGACCUUAUGGAGUCCUCUUAAAUACACAAGCAAGCGAAAAGGAAACGAGGACAGCUUCUACACCAACAUUGUUCGGCCUUUUCUGACAUGUGCCUUUGGUCAGCUUCCCGAUGUCAAGUUGAGGGGUAACGGCGACUGUUUCACCUGCGGGGAUGAGCUAGAUAAGGAGCUCAAAUUCCCUGACUUCGCGGUCACAAUGGAGUGCUACAGGAAGGCCUUCGGAGAAAAUUACCUUGCAAUCGCCGAGGUCAAGCCCCCAAGCGCUUCCCAAAAUGAGCUUGACGACGACUUCAUCAAAUUACCAAACUUGAUGAAAUUAGCACUCGAUCAUCAGAUCAGACAAGGUUAUGGAGAUGGCAUAGUGGUUGGGCUGUUGGUACAAGGGUGGAAAGUCCUUGUAUUUUACAUGGCACUCGAGCACGAAGCUGUGUAUGAGUUGAGGAACGUCGGCCAGUUUCAGUUGAUUGCAGACCACACCCAGAUGGCACAAGUUCUUUCAAUCUGCCCAGUAUUUGUGAAGGCAAAGGAGCUGGUUGAAGAAACAAGAAAAACACUGCGCCGACGACCAGCCUCAAAUCUAUCACCCAAAGAUCAGCUCCGUCGUCCCUCCUACCAUAUCAGCCCUAUAAUGAUCCAUCCCAAUAAUAGCGACGAUACAAGCGAGCAUGAAAAUAGUUGAGUCAUUACUAAAGCUGAGGCUGACGUCAGAAGGGGCAUUUAAUCAAGGAUAGG